GGUUGUAUAAACACUUUGAACUGUAGUUUAUUGUUGAACUGCAGUUCAAAGUAAAAAAGUUGUUGUAUCAAUAAUAUUUGACACUGAUCUAAGUUCAAAUUCGAAGUUCAAGUGAACGCCCACUUGCCGCCGUUCAAGAAGUCGAACUUUCGUUCGAGUGAUUUUCUAACCUCACAUUCACAAGUUUUGUGCUUUGUUUAUCUCCUUCUCAUUAUUAUUGGGUUUAUAAAAAUGAAUGAAUUUAACGACGAAGUUAUUACUGAUGAUGAAGAUUUUUUGGGUCUUGUGAAUGCUGUAAUGAAUCCUAGACAACCACGGACAUUCAGAGAACGUCCUGAUCAUUUUACUAAAUGGACAGAUAAUGAAUUUUUACAAAGAUUUCGCUUGACGAAAAAGACAGUUGCUUACAUUAGUGAAUGUGUUUCUCCCACAAUCUCUUUCACAACCAGAAGGAAUCACGCUCUAUCGGCUUCAGAAAUGGUACUCCUAACUUUAAGGUUUUUUGCAACAGGGUGCAUUUUGCAAGCAGCUGGAGAUUUUUCUGGUGUGGACAAAUCUACAGCAAGCAGAGUUAUUAAUAAAGUGUCCCGGGGAAUUGCACAUAUGCAUGAAACCUAUAUAUCACUACCCGAUGAAGAAAUAAAUAAUAUUCGACAGGGUUUUUUCAACAUUAGCAGAUUCCCAAGAUGUAUUGGGGCUUUGGAUUGUACCCACGUAAAAAUCCAAUCUCCUGGUGGAGAAGAACCAGAAAAUUUUAGAAACCGAAAAGGUUAUUUUUCUUUUAAUAUACAAGCAAUAUGCGACUCACAACUAAAAAUUUGGGACAUUGUGUGCAGAUGGCCUGGGUCUGCUCAUGACGCAAAUAUAUUUAGGAACUCAACAGUACGAGCUCGAUUUGAAAAUGGUGAUUUUGGCGAAAAUUUAUUAGUGGGUGAUAGUGGAUAUGGUAACAAACUAUACCUGAUUACACCACUUUCUAACCCAACCACUCCUGUAGAACAUUUAUUCAACGAAGCACAAAUAAGAACGAGAAACCCAAUAGAAAGAUGCUUUGGUGUAUUAAAACGUCGAUUCCCAAUAUUAGCAUUAGGAAUUAAAUUAAAUGUGCAAAAAGUGGAAGCAAUAGUUGUCUCAUGUGCAGUGCUUCAUAAUAUUGCAUGCAUGUUGAGAGAUGACAUUCCCCUUGUAAAUGAAGAAGUUGAAGCAGCUCUUGAAUUAGGAAAUAUCCCUAUACCUAUGGUACAACCAGGUGUUGAGAAUAUAGCCCUAAAUAAUGUGGUUCGGCAAGCUUUGAUAACUGAGUAUUUUCAGCCUUUGUUAGAGAAUGUAGCACAUGAGUAGAACUCAAAAUUGCAAUAAAAACUUUUUUUUACUGUU